AUGAGGAGAAUGAAGGGUGAUAAGGCAGUAGGCACAGAUAGCAUACCGGUGGAAGCGUGGAAGAGCUUAGAGAAGUUGGCAGUAGCAUGGCCUACUAGAUUGUUUAACAAACUCCUUGAAGAAGAAAAGAUGCCGGAGGAGCGGAGAAAAAGUUUGCUAGGUGUGAUGUGCAGAGCUGCUGCAACUACGAAGAGGUACUGCUUUGAGAAUGUUGAUGGAGAAGUACAGAGAAGGUCAGAAGGAGUUGCACUGCGUGUUUGUGGACCAAGAGAAGGCUUAGGGCAUUUUAUGAGGAAGUCAGGAAUGGCAGAGAAGUAUGUGAAGGAGGCAAAGAAAAUGUUUGACGAGAGGGAAACAGCAGUGGGGUGUGCAGAAGGGAAGAAGACUGGGGGUUUUAAGGUGGAGAGUAUGGAGACCAUUGACGAAGAGACAGGAGGCAGAGUUGGAGGUAGAGAACUGAAGAUAAUGUGUCAGGGCAAUGAUUUUAUGUUGCCGGAGAUGGUUCUCUAG